GUGGGAAGACUUGUCGGGGAGGGUGUGUGAGUGAACAAGCCAGAACGUCUCGGUCUCACGAUUCAGUUUCUUCAUUUGAGAAACCGCUUGCACGAGUCAUAACCUGACAAACAAGCCCGGGAAUCCCUCUAGCCAUGGCAGGAGCUGGAGGUGGGAGCAAUGACGUGCAGUGGUGCUUCUCACAGGUGAAGGGGGCCAUUGAUGACGACGUUGCCGAAGCCGACAUCAUAUCUACCGUGGAGUUCAACCACUCAGGGGAGCUGCUAGCCACAGGAGACAAGGGUGGCAGGGUCGUCAUCUUUCAGCAGGAAAUAGAGAAGAGUCAGCCACAGUGCCGUAGUGAGUACAAUGUUUACAGUACUUUCCAGAGCCAUGAGCCCGAGUUUGACUACUUGAAGAGUUUAGAGAUCGAGGAGAAAAUCAACAAAAUCCGCUGGCUGCCCCAGAAGAACGCAGCUCAGUUCCUGUUGUCCACAAACGACAAAACCAUAAAGUUGUGGAAGAUCAGUGAACGAGACAAGCGACCAGAGGGCUACAACCUGAAAGAGGAGGAUGGACGCUACAUAGACCCCAACACUGUCACUGCACUUCGAGUGCCUGUGUUUAGACCCAUGGACCUCAUGGUGGAGGCGAGCCCUCGCAGGGUGUUUGCCAACGCGCACACCUACCACAUCAACUCCAUCUCCAUAAACAGUGACCAUGAGACGUAUCUAUCCGCAGACGACCUGCGCAUCAAUCUCUGGCACCAGGAGAUCACCGACCGCAGCUUCAACAUUGUGGAUAUAAAGCCAGCCAACAUGGAGGAGCUGACAGAGGUGAUUACAGCAGCUGAGUUCCAUCCACACCAGUGCAACACCUUUGUCUACAGCAGCAGCAAGGGCACCAUCCGCCUCUGUGACAUGAGGGCAUCAGCACUAUGUGACACGCACUCCAAAUUGUUCGAGGAGCCGGAGGACCCCAGCAACCGCUCCUUCUUCUCUGAGAUAAUCUCUUCCAUCUCAGACGUCAAGUUCAGCCACAACGGGCGCUACAUGAUGAUCCGUGACUACCUGUCUGUCAAGAUUUGGGACCUCAACAUGGAGAACAGGCCCGUGGAGACGUACCAGGUUCACGAGUACCUCAGGAGUAAGCUGUGCUCGCUCUAUGAAAAUGACUGCAUCUUCGACAAGUUUGAGUGCUGCUGGAACGGAAAUGACAGUGUGGUGAUGACGGGCUCAUACAACAAUUUCUUCCGGAUGUUUGACCGGGGCCAGAGGCGUGACGUGACCCUGGAGGCGUCCCGGGAGGGCAGUAAGCCACAGCAGGUCCUGAAGCCCCGCAAGGUGUGUGCCGACGGGAAGCGGAAGAAGGAUGAGAUCAGUGUAGACAGCCUGGACUUCAACAAGAAAAUCCUCCACACUGCCUGGCACCCUCAGGACAACAUCAUCGCCGUGGCAACCACCAACAACCUCUACAUAUUCCAGGACAAAGUGAACUAGAUGUUUUCUGUGAAGGCAGACUCCACUACCUUCAGCCUUUAAUUUUAGUCAAGAACAAAAUGUGUGACAACAUCGCCGUCAACAACAACUAACCUGUCAUUGGACAAAACAGACUUUGCAAUGUUUCCAGGUGUGGAAAACUGAAACUAUAUUCUUGCCCACCAUCAGCCUCUGUGGCACAGUGAUGCGUCACUCACCAUGAUAUUGUUUUGGUGGUGAUGUGCCAAUCUGUGCGUCGCCUGCCCAGUAUCGCCCAGCCCCAGGGCAACAUGGGAAACUCGUUUAAUUUAUAUGUAUGUCUGACAUGCACAAUUUCUUUGAAGGGGAGUCGAGGGCUAGUAAAAAAAAAAAAAACACGCCGAGAACCAUCCCUGCUCCUUCAGCACCUCUCAUUGUCUGGUGCCAUAGUCAUGUUUUUUUAUUAGUCAACUGCCAAACUGUUCUGUUUUAAUUCAAUUACAAGAACUGGUGUUCUGUUUCUAUUGUUUCUCAUACCACAUACUUCUCCAAGAGCCUCCAUCUCUUACUUACACACACAGAAAUAUUCAGACACAUUUAUCAAAGAGCCUAGCUGUUGGUGUACUGCUGCACCUCAGGAACAGUCUAAAACAUCUACUCAGAGCAUGUUGUAUGUAGUAUGACUGGUCCUACACUACAUGACCAAAAGUAUGUGGACACCUGCUUGUCAAACUUCUCAUUCCAAAAUCAUGGGCAUUAUUAUGGAGUUGGUGCUAUAACGGCCUCUGCUGUUCUGGGAAGGCUUUCCACUAGAUGUUGGAACAUUCAGCCAUGAGCAUUAGUGAGGUCGGGCACUGAUGUUGGCUGUUUACGCCUAGCUCGCAGUCGGCGUUCCAAUUUAUCCCAAAGAUGUUUGAUGGUGUUGAGAUCAGGGCUCUGCCGGCCCGUCAAGUUUUUCCUCACCGAUCUCGACAAACCGCAACUGAAUGGACCUCGCUUUGUGCACAGGGGCAUAGUCGUUCUCCAAACUGUUGCCACAAGUUGGACGCACAGAAUCGUCUUGAGUGUCAUUGUAUGCCGUAGCGUUAAGUUUUCCCUUCACUGGAACUAAGGGGCCCGAACCAUGAAAACAGCCCCGUCCAUUAUUCCUCCACCACCCAACUUUACAGUUGGCAUUAU